CAUGCGCGCUCGCCAACCCGGAAGCGGCGUGGAAGCGGUGUUGGAGGCACGUUUUCUGCCAUGGUGAAUGAAAAGCAUAAUGGCAACCUGCUUGUGCACCUGGGAGCCAAACUGCAGGCCUACCCAGAGGAGCUGCUCCGGCAGCGGCGAGGCCACGACGGCCAGCCCGAGUACCUGAUCCAGUGGAGUAUCAUCAGCUUGGAAGAGAGAGCAGUGGAAGGCAGCAGUGCCUCCUCUGCAGAGACCAAGCCGGAGAACAUCUCGAUGUGGAUGUCUGCAGAAGAGGUCUGUGCCAGCUGCCCGGCGCUGCUGGGCAAGAGGAAGCUGGAAGGGCAGUGGGUGAAAGAGGAGAAGGCAGCCAGCCCGUUCGCUGCAGAUGUCCCGCUGGAUGAAGCCUCGCUGCUGGAGAUGAAGGCUGAUGUCAGGAGCCUGGCGCAGCGAGCUGGCCGGCAGAUGGCUGAGACCGGGGCCCCGGAGUCCUCCAUCCUCAACACCAUCCACGUGCUGAGCGCGUACGCCAGCAUUGGCUCGCUGGCGGGCGCCUUCAAGGAGACGGGAGCCCUCGACUUGCUGAUGAAGAUGCUGUGCCACAAGGAGAAGCAAAUCCGCCGCAGUGCCGGCAAGAUGCUGAGGGCCCUGGCUUCGCACGAUGCAGGGAGCUGGGCCCAUGUCCUGCUGUCGCUGAGCCAGCAGGAUGGCAUUGAGCAGCACAUGGACUUCGACAGUCGCUACACCUUGCUGGAGCUGUUUGCCGAGACAACAUCGUCUGAAGAGCACUGCAUGUCCUUUGAGGGGAUUCACCUUCCCCAGAUCCCCGGGAAGCUGCUGUUCGUUCUAGUGAAGCGCUACCUGUGUGUCACUUCUCUGAUGGACAAGCUCAGCAGUGGCGUGGAGCAGGGAGGGGAGCAGCAGGACUGCGUCGUGCCCAGCCCGCUCGCUGAGGAGAGGAGCCGUGUGAAGCAGGAGUUUGAGUUCAGCAUGGCUAUGGCAAACCUCAUCUUGGAGCUGGUGCACGUGAUGGGCUGGGACCACGGCCACAAGCCAGAGCCGCUGCCCCGACAGGAGCUACGGCCUCGCACCACCCGCUCUAUCUUCCAGCAUAGGGUCACAUCCUGCACCGCUGCUCAAGCAGCUCCCGCUCCCCCACCGAAAGAGCCCAGCAUCUUCAAGACGCGCUCGGCCUUCCCAAGCCGCAGCAGCUACGUCGAGUACGUGCAGGCGAACCUGGCGCGCGGCAUGAGGGUACGCAUGCUGGAGGACUACGAGCAGGUCAGCGCGGGUGACGAGGGUGAUUUCCGCCAGAGCAACGAUGGCACGCCGCCCGUGCAGGUGUACUGGCAAGCCCUAGGCUGUACCUACUGGGUUCACUGGCACAUGGUGGAGAUCAUCGGCCCUUCGGGGCAAGAGGAGCAUGAGGGCCAGGAGAAGGUGUCCGCCCUGACACGCAACCACAAAUUGGCAGCAGUUGCGCAGCCGUUUUUCUGCAAGCCCUUUGGGGGCCUGUACUCUCUGCCUUACCUGGGGGAGCAGCCGACGAAGGCUGCAGAGGCCCUGAGCCGUGCCGAGUGGUGGGAGCUGCUCUUCUUCGUGAAGAAGCUGGAAGUGCAGGAGCAGAAAGAGAUCAUCUCUCUCAUCCAGCAGGACCAGGGAGAGCCGCUGUCGGAGGUGGAUGAAGAAGCCCUGAUCCAGCUGUCAGUACCCGCGGAGCUGGCCCGGAAGAUGCUGCGGGUCUUGGAGCAGCGGUGCCAGGGCAGCGCUCAGUGUGACCUGCGCGGCUCCCACAUCUACGGCAAAUACUUCCUCGGCAGGGGGGCCGAGCAGGAUGGCGGGGGUGGCACCGCGGUGUCCUCGGAGGGUGCCGGCUGCAGGAGCGCUGGCCCUGAAGCCACGGGGGCGAAGGAAGACCUUUCCGCAGCCACGGUGCCGCCCCGAGCCCCCGCUGCGGCGGCAAAGUCGGAUUCCCAGCUGUUCAGCGAGCUCCUGGAGAGGGAAGGGCUGUUCUUCCCCGAGGUGACGGAGGAGCAGAUCAAAGCGCUGGGCAUCUGCGAGGGGGCGAGCGAGAGGGGCUCGGCGGCCAAGAUUGCAGCCGUGGUGGACGUGGUCCAGAGCAGCAGCUCGGAGGUGGGGCUGCGCUUAGCCGGGCUCAGGCACAUCGUGAAGAUCCUGGAGGAGGAGCCCGAGCCCGAGCAGCAAGUCGGCAGAGCCCAGGGCGGGCUGGGGACCAGGAGCGUUGGGGAGAAGCUGGCGAAGGCGGCGGCGGAGCUGCUGAGCGCCGAGGCGGCGGAGAAGGCCCUGGUGGCGGUGACGCUGCGGCUGCUGGCCGCGCUGAUGGCGAAGUACGACUGGCGCGUGCCGUUCGCCACGGAGGGCGGCGUGCGGGCCGUGCUGGCCUGCAUGCGGCAGCACGCCUCCUCCGCCCUGGUGCAGCAGGCCGGCCUGGCGGCCCUGAAGGUGUUGGUGGGAGCCGCGGCCGGCGAGCCGGGAGGAGCCGGCGGGAAGCCCCUGAACCACGCCGACGCGCAGAUGAUGCGGGAGAUCUUCGCCAGCAUCGGCUCUGCCUCCGGCGAGGGCUCGUCCGGCCUGCUGAGCGCCAUCCCCGCCGCCGUCAGCACCCUGCGGAGGGUCCCCGGGGGCUCCUCGGGCGUGCGGAACGGCUUGCUGGUGGUGAACAUGCUGAUGGACGGCCACCGGGGCCUGGCGGAGCAGCUGGCGAGCUGCGACCUCCCCGGGGUGCUGCAGAGCUGCUGGCGGGACGGGCAGAGCGCCGGCUGCCCUCACGCGAUGCUGGCCCUCGGCGCCAUCAACCGCCUGGCGGAGCACCGGCUGCCCCCGGGCCCGGAGGCGGCAGGCGGAGAGGCCCCGCUGGACCUGCGGGGCGUGCGGACGCUGCUGGGCGGCCUGGGGGACGGCGUCUCGUCCAAGGAGGUGGUGGUGGCACUGGAGCGGCAGCUCUGCGGCGAGGGCCCCGUCCCCUCCGGCGAGGCGGCCCGGCUGCUGCGGGACCCCAGGUGCUUCAGGCUGCUGCUGCGCGGCUUUGAGCUGCUGGGGGCGGAGAAGGGCGCGAGCCUGAGCGUCCUCAGGAUCCUGAACAAGUUCCUGGACGGUUACCAGGAGGACGUGCUGCCCUGGCACGAGUGCGUGGAGCCCUGUUUGUCCUCCCUGAGCGCCCACAGCGGCGACCGGGAGGUGGUGCAGGAGGUGGUCGGCUUCCUGCACCGGCUGGCCACCGCCAGCAAGGACUGCGCGGUGGUGAUGUGCCGCGUGGGCGCCCGCGAGGCUCUGUCCAAAGCCCUGGACAAGCACGGCACGGCCCCGGCGCUGGCGCCGGCCCUGCUCGACCUGGUGAUCGACUGCGAGAAGUACGCCAGCCUCUACAAGAAGCUGACGACCAGCAUCUUGGCCGGCUGCAUCCAGCUGGUCCUGGGGCAGAUUGAGGAGCACCGCCGGAGCCACCGGCCCAUCGGCAUCCCCUUCUUUGACGUCUUUCUGCGCAACCUGUGCCGAGGCUCCAGCGUGGAGGUGAAGGAGGACAAGUGUUGGGAGAAGGUGCAGGUCUCCUCCAACCCCCACCGGGCCAGCAAGCUCACGGACAGGAACCCCAAGACCUACUGGGAGUCGAACGGCAGCACCGGCUCCCACUUCAUCACCGUCCACAUGCAGUGCGGCGUGGUGGUCAGGGAGAUGAGCAUGCUGGUGGCCAGCGAGGACUCCAGCUACAUGCCGGCCCGCGUCGUGGUGCUGGGGGGAGACAGCCCGGCCACCGUCAGAACGGAGCUCAACGCGGUGACCGUCCUGCCCUCAGACAGCAGAGUGAUCCUGCUGGAGAACAUGACCCGCUUCUGGCCCGUCAUCCAGAUCCGGGUGAAGCGGUGCCAGCAGGGCGGCAUCGACACGCGUGUGCGUGGCAUCGAGGUGCUGGGUCCCAAGCCCACUUUCUGGCCCAUCUUCAAGGAGCAGCUGUGCCGGCGGACGUUCCUCUCCUGCACCGCUCGGGCUCACGCCUGGUGCCAGGAGAUCUGCCGCGACCGGGGGCGACUGCUGCAGCUCUUCGGCAGGCUGAACCGGGCGCUGCGGCACGAGCAGGGCUUCGCCGACCGCUUCCUUCCCGACGACGAGGCGGCCCGCGCCUUGGGCAGGACGUGCUGGGAGGCCCUGGUGAACCCCUUGGUGCAGAGCAUCACCAGCCCAGACCCGCGCGGCGUCAGCCCCCUGGCCUGGCUGCUGAGCGAGUACCUGGAGAGCGUGGAGCCGCCCGGCUGCGCCGCGAGCCGCGGCGCCGUCUUCGGUUCCCGCGUGCGGCGCCUGACCCAGCUCCUGGUGCACGUGGACCCCGGCGGCCCGGAGCCGGAGGAGGCGAGGGCGGCCGGCGGGAAGGAGGGGAAGAACAAGGAGGUGCCGGCCAGGGCUGCGAAGGCGGCGGUGGAGAAGGCGAGCGGCCUGCGGGGCAUCUCGCAGUGCUGGCGCGGCGUGGUGCAGCGGCAGGUGCAGCGGUUCCUGGAGGCGGCGGGGCAGGCGCCGGACCUCGUGGAGCGAUACUGCGGGCUGUACCAGCGCCUGCGCGGCGCCACGGAGGAGCUCUUCGGGCAGCGGGCCGCCUUCGUGCUGGCCCUGGGCCAGGGCUUCGCGGGGGCUUUGCUGCAGCUCUCCUUCCUCACCGCCCUGCACGUGAGCGAGCAGUUCGCCCGCUACCUCGACGCGCAGAUCCAGGAGCUCCACGGGGCUGCGGGCGGCACGGGGCCGCUGCAGCGGCUGCAGCGGAUCCUGGAGCCCUUCGUCGUCUUCAGCGGCCUGGAGCUCGCCCACACCUUCGAGCACUUCUACCGGCACUACCUGGGGGACCGGCUCCUGGCACAAGGGCCGUCCUGGCUGGAAGGAGCCAUCGUGGAGCAGAUCGGGCUGUGCUUCCCCAGCCGCUUCCCCCAGGAGAUGCUGAGCAACUUGGCUGAGUCGGAGGAGCUCCAGCAGCAGUUCUACCUCUUCCAGCUGCAGGAGCGGGACAAGCGGCUGCUGGAGCUGGACACGGGCCUGGACGAGGCACCGGGGAUGGCCUCGGUGGCGGACGGGCCGGAGGUGAAGGUGCUAGCCCUGUCCCCGCGCUGCUGGCCCGUUUCCCCGUUCUGCUAUAUGGAUGAACCCCGGAGGUUUUUCUCGGCGGCGCUGAGCUCCCCGCUGGACGAAUUCGCCGACUUCUGCCGGCGGAGCCAGAGCCAGCUGGGCUGGGAGUGCACGAAGCCCCGGCGGUUGCAGUGGACGUGGCUGGGCCACGCCGAACUGCGGUUUGGAGACUGCGUCCUCCACGUGUCCACGCUGCAGAUGUACAUCCUGCUGUGCUUCAACAGCGCCGAGGUAGGAGCUGGGGCCACGAUGGGGCGAGGGAGGCGGAGGAUGCCGGGUCUCCGGCGGUCUUUGGGGCUGGACGUGCGGCUGGCGGGUCUCGGCUGGCCGUUGCCCUCCCACGCUCUCCUGCAGGAGGUGGCCGUGGAGGCCCUGCUGCAGGCUACGGGGCUCCCUGCCGACCUGGUGCACCACGCGCUGACGCCGCUGACCCACGGCGAGGGCGUCCUGGUGCGGAGCUGCACGCCGGGAGGUGCGCUGCGGCUGAACCAGGCGGCCCUGGCCCGUGCCUCCGGCCGCCACCUGAGGCUGCUGCCCCGGCAGAGGUACCUGCGGGCAGAGAGGGCUGACGUCAGCGCCCUGGAAAGGAAGAGGAACGUCCUCUGCUGCCUCAUCACCCGCAUCCUCAAGGUGGAGAAGCAGCUGCACAUUGACAACCUGGUGUUUAGGGUGAUCGAUGCCUGCCAGAAGGGUGAGCUGGGGCCGGGGCUGCGAUUCCUGAGCUUCUGCUGCCACAGCGUGGACGUGCUGUCCUGCGUCCUGCACCUGCUGAACCAGGGCUAUCUCCGGCGCCAGGAGGAGAGGCCUCAUGUCUUGGAAUACAUCUCUGCUGAACCCACAACACCCCCUACCUCCCAGGUCCAGCCCCAGGUUGCCUUCCAGACUGUAGAGAUCAAGACGGCAGCAAGCCCGGCCUCUGCCGAAAGGAGACAGACUUUUUCCACCUUCAGGUAAACAAGGACCUGGCUGGGCUGAGUGGACAGAGGCUGGGUUGAGUCUGUCUCUUCCUGCGUACUUGUGGGUUUUGUUUUAAAUAAACGAGCCAAGCUCCA